AUGCACUCAAUACGGCGGAGCUGUCUCUCAGCACUGCGCAAUCCAAGCGGCGCCUGCGUCUACGCAGAUGGCUCACGUCGCGCCUUCUCCAGGAGUGUGGCGCGGUCAAAGGGCGGUCUCCCGGUCUAUCUCGAGCCCUCCUCCACCGAGCUCUCGUCCCUCCUCGCGAACAUCAACUCCAAGGUCCUCCUGCCUGGCCACCUGUCGCGCGAACAGAAGAAGCUCGUCUACCAGCAAAAGUCGCGCCCCAAGCUCGAAACCGAGCCCGUCGAGGUCACCAUCGGCGACGUCACCCUCCCGCUCGAGCACAUCGACCGCAACCUCCUACCGAGCCGAUGGCAAAGCCUAAAGGAUGUCGUGCGCCAGAGCGAAACAACUGCAGACUGGGAGAAUGUUGUCCGUGUUCUGGAAGGUCUCCACAGCGCCGGCUUUGCCAUCAAGCCACAGUGGCAGGACCUCGUCGUGCGCAAGCUGAAUGAGAACGGGCACCAUGCCCUCGUUCUGAAGGCGCUGCAGAGAGUCAAGGCCACGGGCUUACACUUGAGCAACUACAGCGUGACGAAGCGGGCUUUGAAGGGCGCACACGACCGAGCGGCAAACGCAGGAUGGGCAAAGGCAGAGACGGCCAAGGCACUGCGCUACGCAAGGCAGAUUGUGGAGCUGAUGGAAGAAGAGGAGCACCACGCUGUCUCGUCUAGAGGCAAGAUGGCGGUGGAGAACGACUGGAGGAGCAAACCCUACGUGAUUGCCGCACCGACCGAAUUGGCAGCUGUUGCGGCUCAAAGGCAUGGAGGCGAUGUGGAAAUCGUCAAGACUCUCGCGAACCGUCUUGUCAGUGCUCUGAAGCAGGAUAACUUCACGGAAUCCGUCGACCGCAUUGUUGUAUCAAACGCAAGGACAGAGGCAGACUUCAAGAACAAGUCCACGCAGACCCUCGCCCUCAACGACUGCUGUGAAGACCUAUUCGAACUCCUCACCAUCUGGAACGCACUCAAGACAUCCAAAAGUGUCCUCGGUGCGGAUAUGCCGCUUGCGACAGAGGCUGCCGAGUUCGAAGACAGGAUCAAGACCGCAGUGCUUGCUGGCAUUGAGGGCCUGCCGAAGCUACAAAGCAGGGAUGGAGUGGAUUUGAGGAGCUCGUACCCUGCGUAUAUCAGGGACCAGCUAAAGAAGGUGACGGACGAGGCUUAG